AUGAUUCAACAAACUAUUUCAGUUUCAUGUGAAUUUAUUCAAACGGAAUAUAAAGCAAAAUUCAUAUCGAAAUCAAAUGAUUAUACUUCAAUAGAAAAUCAACGAUUGACUCAUUGGUUUUAUCAAAAAUUUAUUCAAAUGAAUAUAGCAUUUCCUUGGAGUCUCAUUGGUCAACAACUUGAUGAAUUCAAUAAUCUAUCAUUUUUUGUUCAGUUUACUAAAUUAAUUAUUCUUCUACCACAUGUAGCUGGUGCUUGUUCCGCUUGUAAUGAAUUGAAAUAUAAACAAAUUUAUAAUUCAUUCUUGUAUGGUAGUAAAUGGUUUAAUUCAAGUUUUUUAUCUAUAAUGAAUAAUAAUUCUUUGAAUAUUGAUCAAUUACUUAAAAAAUGUGAACAAAAUUUACCAUUAUGGUCGAUUAAUGAUUUUAUUCAUUUGGCGUUAUUAGAAAAUCAAAAUAGUAAUAAUGAAAUGUAUGAAAAUCAAAAAUCAACGUCUAGAAGAAAAACAAUUAUUUUAAUAUUUAUAGCUAUGAUUGCUGGAUUAAGUGCAAUAACAGCAAUUAUACUUAUUUCAAUUGAAUUCAAUCAAAUUCAUCAUUUAGCUUAUGAAGCAGCAGCAUUUGCCUUUACAACAAUGAACUCUAAGAACUUAACAGUAUCCUCUACAACACAACUUACAAUUACUCAUUUUAAUAGUAAUGAUAUAUUACCAACUCUAAAUUCUACUAUCGUCACGACUACUGUCACAUCUUCGACUACGAUUCUUACACCAAUAUCUAUUGCUGACAGAAAUGUAUCAGUGAUUAGAAAUUAA